AUGGUGCCUCGUCCAGACGACGAUAUUGAAGAGGUCAGACAGCGACCGGAGCGGUGUGAACCUCAACGCCAACUUCGAGGCUCGGUACGUUUACCUGCAUACCUGCCUGCCUGCUCUGCCUGGGAACAAACAGGAGUCCUGUCUCUUAUCUUUCCUUCCUUCUUCUGUCUGACGAAACCACGCUGCAUUAGCAUCCAGAACCCCCUGGCAGGUCUCACGCGUGAGACCCUCCUCUCGGCCGUCGACGAAUUCUGCCACGAAAAGGGUCUAGAACAGCACCGUCUGAUAAUACGCAAGGGAGCCCUUGUGGCCCGCGACCCGACCGGAUACGAGGACAUUACGGGGCCCGAGGCCCUCGAUGAAGCCGAGAUCAAGGCAUUGCGUGAUGAGGUGCUGCAUAAGUGGCGCGCGACGAACACGCUGCUCCUGACUGUCAUCACCUGCUCCAUCGGCGCGUGCGUCCAGGGGUGGGACCAGACGGGAUCCAACGGUGCCACAGUCCGCUUCCCCCAGUUCUUCGGCAUCAAUGGCGAUUCGUUUGGCGACAAGAUGCUCGUCGGGCUCGUCAACGCGGGCCCGUACAUCGGGACCGCGGCUUUCGGCUGCUGGCUGUCGGACCCUAUAAACGACAUGAUCGGACGAAGGGGCACAAUCUUCUUUUCGGCCAAUUUCUGUCUGUGGCCCGUCAUCGGGAGUGCUUUCUGCAAUACCUGGCCUCAGCUGUUCAUAUGUCGACUCAUAAUCGGCUUAGGCAUGGGCACCAAGGCCUCUACGGUACCCAUCUUCGCAGCCGAAAACUCGCCAGCCCCUAUCCGUGGCGCCCUCGUCAUGGGAUGGCAGAUGUGGACGGCCUUUGGUAUAUUUUUAGGCACGGGCGCCAACCUGGCAGUAUCCAUGAUUGGCCCGGAGGCGUGGCGGUACCAGCUAGGGUCGGCCGUGAUUCCGGCCGUGCCGCUGGCUCUGCUGAUAUGGUUCUGCCCGGAGUCGCCGCGGUGGUACAUGAAGAAGAACCGGUAUGACUCGGCGCUCAAGUCGCUGCUGCGGCUGCGCAACAACGCGGUGCAGGCCGGGCGCGACCUGUACUACAUCCACGUGCAGCUGGAGUUGGAGAGGCAGUACAUCAAGAAGAGCAACUACGUGACCAAGUUUGUCGAGCUCUUCACCAUCCCGCGGGUGAGGAGGGCGACGCUGGCAUCAUUUACCGUCAUGAUUGCGCAGCAGAUGUGCGGCAUCAACAUAAUCGCCUUCUACUCGACCACUCUGUUUGUGGACUCGGGUGCUACGGAUUUCGAGGCGCUGCUGGCGUCGUGGGGAUUCGGCGUGGUCAACUUCCUCUUCGCCUUUCCGGCCCUCUGGACCAUCGACACGUUUGGUCGGCGGUCCCUCCUGCUGUUCACCUUCCCGCAGAUGGCGUGGUCGCUCUUCGGGGCGGGGCUGUGCACAGCGAUCCCGGGCAAGGGUGCGCUGCACCUGGGCAUGGUGACCCUCUUCAUAUACCUCUUCGCGGCCUUCUACUCGCCCGGGGAGGGCCCAGUCCCUUACACGUAUGCGGCUGAGGUCUUUCCGCUGUCGCACAGGGAGGUGGGCAUGGCGUGGUCGGUGGCGACGUGCCUGGGGUGUGCGGCCGUGGUGUCGGUGACGUUUCCGCUGAUGCACGCCCGCCUGGGCACCAUGGGCGUCUUCUUCCUCUAUGCGGGGCUCAACCUCGUCGGGCUGGUCAUCAUAUUCCUGUGGAUGCCCGAAACCAAGCAGCGCACCCUCGAGGAGCUCGACUACAUCUUUGCCGUGCCCACCCACGUCUUCAUGCGGUACCAGGUCACGCAGACGCUGCCCUUCUGGCUCAAGAGGUACGCUCUCCUGGACAAGAGAGCCACGGUGCAGCCGCUCUACCAGCUCGAUGCCGGCCCUAUAGAUGAGUUUGACGACGGGGUGGGCGAUGUCCAGCAUCUCAAUGACAAGUCGAGGAUUGAGCUCAAGAAUAUUGUCGGGGUCUCGAAGCCCGGGGCUUGA